UAGGUAUAGUACUUAUAGCGAGUUACAGGGACCGGAGUUGAACGAGCGGCGGCGCGCAGAGGCGGCAAACUGGUCGAGGAGCGGCGGUGUCGGCGGCGCGAGCGACAACAUUGGGAGAGCGAGACGGAGCGAGUUGUAUAGUAGCCGAGCGCGCAGAGCUCGACAGUGUCCGUCCGAGGCGAGAAAACGGAGCAGCUCACCUGCGCCGCGCGACAAUCUGGAUGCCUCGCUGUUGUUAUUGUUGCCGUCGGCGCUGUUUACUCGAGAAGAUGACGAGGCUGCACUAGGCGUAGAAGCUUCAACCUUCGUAGUGUGCAAAAGACCGGAAGCGGCUGGUGCGUGUGUUUUACGAACGAAAGAAAGAGAGGGAAGCAGGCGCGAGUUGCGGCUGCAGCAGCGGUACACGGUGUGUAUAAGAAAGGAAAGGAGCGCGAGAAGCCUGUACUGCACAGGAAAGAAGAAAGAGGCGCGUGUGCGUGGGUGGAUCGGCGAGCCGUGCCGAGUGUAUAAUCUCACCUCGACGAUCCGGCUACAGAGAGAAAGAGAAUAAUCGUCGCUCCCAAGUGUUCUCUGUGUGUGUGCCGAGUGUCUGAUAUAUACGUGUGUGUGUGUGUGUGUUGGCCCGAGGAGAGAGAAGGUGGUACAAGUACUUACUACGUGUACUAGAGAAAGAGAGAAGCGAGCGCUAAAUGAAACCUCUCUCGGUCUCGCGCGAAAAGGUGAGAAAGGGGGAAAGCGACGACGUCUAGUGGACCUGCACAACGUAAGAAUCGCGCGAGGCAUGCUCGCCUACACCGGAGUAUAACAGCCGCCGCAUCUUCAUCUUCACUCUUCCCUCAUCCACGCCAUUCCCGCACGAGAAGAACGAAUAUAUCACCUGCGAGAUGGCCGGCUCCUCUCGCCUACUGCUCUCUUAUUACGUUCUCGCGGCGGCGACGCUGAUCCUCCGCUGGGAUAAUGCGGCUCUGGCUUUCAAUCUCGAGCCAAGGAUACCCGUGGUCAAGCGCAGCAUGCCCGACAGCUACUUUGGAUUUUCCGUAGCGGAACACCAGGAGGUCAGGGAAGACGAGGCGCCGAAAUACGUUAGCUGGAUGCUGGUCGGCGCACCUUUGGGCCAGAACAAGCAGCCAGGCACAAAUAGGUCCGGAGCACUUUGGCAGUGUCCCAUGACGAGCGACCAUCACGACUGUGUUCAGGUCAUCACGGACGGACGCAGGAGCGAGAGCAGUGAAUACAGCUCAAGUUACGAAACCGACUUGCUGACUCGGCCCACCGACCAAGAGGUGAAGGAUGGACAGUGGCUCGGCGUCACGGUGCGCAGCGCCGGCGUCGGCGGCAAAGUCAUGGUCUGCGCCCACCGCUACAUCGUGAAGAACAAGGACUCGCAAUGGGGCCAAGGUCAGUGCUACAUCUUCGACCAGAACCUCAAGUUCCAGGAGCUGAAGAAGCCCUGCUCCGGCAAGCCCAACAUGAGGGCGCACGAGCAGUUCGGCUACUGCCAAGCGGGAACCAGCGGGGUGCUGACCCCGUCAGGUUCGGAGUACGUGGUCAUAGGCACACCGGGUCCGUACACAUGGCGCGGCACUGUUUACGUCGUCAGCGUAAGCGACGACUUCAUUCAGAAGGACACGGUGGUCUACAACUCGCCGAUGCAGGAGGACUCGCCCGUCUACAAGUACAGCUAUUUGGGCAUGUCCGUGAGCGUGGGAGACUACUUCGGCACCGGCAACUUAGCCUACGCAGCGGGAGCUCCGCGCUCGAACGGCACUGGCCAGGUCAUCCUCUUCACUCGUCACCAUCUGCAAUCCGUAAUGGAGGUCAGUCUAACCCUUGACGGCGAACAGCUUGCCGCGAGCUUUGGGUACGAGCUGACUUCCGCAGACGUCAACGGAGACAAACUUACGGAUCUAAUAGUCGCUGCGCCGUUUUAUUACGGUAAGAAGGAAGGCGGUGCGGUGUAUGUCUACACGAAGCUUAGCAAGAAUCCCAGAGACAUGGAGAAAUACAAGCCUGUCAAACUAGUCGGUCGCGAAGAGUCGAGGUUCGGUUUCGCCUUGACGAACUUGAAAGACAUAAAUAACGAUGGCUACGAAGAUAUAGCUAUAGGUGCUCCUUAUGAAGGAAUGGGAACGGUAUAUGUAUAUUUGGGCUCGAAAAACGGAUUGAUUACGACUCCGUCGCAGGUGAUACAUUCUGAAAAUACCCCAGUGCCAUUGAAGACGUUCGGUUACUCGCUCAGCGGUGGAGUUGAUAUGGACUUGAACGGCUAUCCCGAUCUGUUGGUCGGAGCUUACGAAGCCGAUGCCGUUGCCUUGCUGCGCGCGAGAAGAAUAAUUGACAUUGUGACGUUCGUGCGAUUCCCGAAGAAAGAAGGCGGCUAUACCGAUAAGAUGGAGCCGAUAGAUCCUAACAAAGUUGGAUGUAUCGAAGAUCCGCAAUCGAAUUACACAUGCUUCUCUUUUGAGGCAUGUUGCAAGACAGCCUCUAAUGUCAAAGGAGAACAUCUAAGACUCUUGACUCUCUCGACUUUUAUUGAGGCUGAAACGUACACGGGGACGAAGAAAUUUUCUCGCGUUUGGUUCGGUAAUCGAAAUAACAGGCCGCAUUAUGUCAAUCGCAUCGUCACUUUAGACUCCAAGAAUCUCAUGUAUUGCCAAAAGGAAAUUAUUUACUUAAAAGAGAAUACACGUGAUAUUCAAUCACCGAUCAAAUUCCGAUUGAAUUACACGUUGAUUCAAGACGAACCGAAAAUGCCUCGAGAAGGUGAGCCUUUACCCGAUAUAAACAAUUAUCCCAUUUUGAAUCAACAAGAGGCAGCCCGUAUUUUUGAAGCCACCUUCCAGAAAGACUGUGGAAACAAUGACAUAUGUGAAAGUGACUUAAGGCUCUCUGCCAAAUUGAACCUUCAAUCUUCUCCAACACAAUGGAACUACUACGAGUUGCUCUUGGGAGAAAGUGAAGAGUUAACGGUGGAUGUAAACGUCACGAACGUAGGUGAAUCCGCCUACGAGGCUCAAUUAUUCCUGGUGCAUUCACCUAGCUUGAAUUACAUUGCCACCAAGCACAACGAUUCCGCAAUUUGCAACUUACAUAACAGCACAGUCAUAGCCUGCGCUAUUGGGAACCCAUUCAAGAGGGAUAAAACUGUAAAUAUUCAAGUAAGGUUUGACCCAAAGAACUUGGAAGACAAUGAAGUUAAACUAGAAUUUACUGCUUUUGUGAAUUCAACUUCCAAAGAAGUAAGUAUGAAGCAACCGACACAUUUGCAGGCUACAGUCCUGAAAAGAGCUGAAAUAUCCAUCAAAGGGGAUGAUAAAUCGCCACCUGUAUUCUAUGGAGGACCAAUUAUUGGCGAGUCCGCUGUUAAAAAGCUAACUGACAUUGGUCCCAAAGUUCGUCAUCAAUAUCAAGUAUAUAACGACGGGCCAUGGAAAGUAAGCUCGAUGGACGUUGUAAUUUCAUGGCCUUAUGAAGUUGCAAAUAACAAAGAACAUGGAAAAUGGUUAUUGUACUUAUUGGAGACACCGAUAAUAAAAACUGCUGGAGGUGAAGUAGAAUGUCAAGUGCCACCAGGCCAAGUUAAUCCCCGAAAUUUGCAAGGUAGCAUAGGUAUGGAGGAUCUAGAUCCUCUUUCAAACUACAAUCCACAAAAAUCCGACUCGUCACUUGAGAUCAACAAGACGGCGAAUCAUAUUCGAAGGAGACGGGAUACUGAAAAGGUUGUUAUAACCACAGUUAUGUUAGACAAGAACGGACAUCGACAUGAAGUUGUUACAUUGAGUUGCAAAACAUAUACAGCAAAGUGUUUCGAUAUCACAUGUAAUAUUGCAAACUUACAGAAAAAAGAAGAAGCAACUAUUAUUAUUAAAGCUAGAUUGUGGAACUCAACUUUAGCAGAAGAUUAUCCAAGGGUAGACAAAGUGAAUAUUGGAUCAAUUGCUAAAAUCGUAAUUCCUUCGGGAAUUGUUGUCCAACAAAAUAAUUUAACUGACGAUUUCGCUGAGGCCAUAACUAUCGCAACUCCAAACCUACUAGACCAACAGGAUGGUGAACCAGUACCCAUUUGGAUAAUAAUUGUAGCUGUGGUAGCCGGUCUACUACUUUUAAUUUUGCUCACGCUUAUCUUAUGGAAAGUCGGUUUCUUCAAACGACGAAGACCUGAUCACACGCUUUCUGGUAAUCUACAGAAACAUAGGGAAGAUAAUCCCGAAAACGAAGCACUCGUUAAACACUCAACGAAUUUACACUGACGAAUCACUUAUGGAUAUAUGCUUAAAAUGACUAAAGCGAUCUAUCGCUGGCAAUCUGUUUGUUACAACAAUUGUUAGUUGUCUACUGCACGUUUACGAUUGCACAUUCAUAAAUAUUUAUUGAAUUCAAAGGAUAUGUUAUCCAAAUACUAAAAAUUAUUGGAGUAACAUGAAUUUAAUAGAUCUUGAUUGUUAUAUUAAGAUAAAUUGCCAACGAAAAAAGGGGAGCAUCAUUCUCAUGUUUGUACUUCCCAAAAACGUCUUACUCGCGACAAAAGUCUUCCCACGGAUAUGGGUAUCUUUAUACACCCAAAGACUGGUGACUAAAACAGCAAUUUAUGGUACUUAAUCUCGAGUAGAGGGGUCUGUGCAUCCAUUCUGAAAGGUUCAAUAGAGAAGGAUUUUAAUUGAUACGGAUGAGGGUACGAUUUAUAAAACGAGUCAGCGAUGCCUAUUAAAUUGUAUUGAUGUUGCAAUCUCUUUUAGCAAGUACUUACGUACAAAAGGUUAAAAAGCUACAUUAACCGUACGAAACGCACGAAUAAGACAAACGAUAUUGCCAUAUUGGUUUUAUUAGCUUCUUUUUAAACGAACGAACGCACACUAUUGACAGCUAGUUACUGUUAAGAUGUGAUAUUUAUACUUAUCACUCAUGUUUAUAAAAAUUCUAUUGGAAAGUAGAUUUUUAUUAAAUCAACGAUUUUUUAAAAAUUUCCUUUACAUUUCACUACGGUGUUUUAAUCCGCACUAUUUUUACAACGGAGAUUUUAUAAAGUUUUCAAGGUUAUAGAUUUUAUCAAGGCACAAAAUAUAUAAUGACAGAGCGCUAUAUUGCAAGCUAACGACUUUACAGAUAGUCCUUAUAAGAUCUUCAAACUUUAAAAAAGACUGAUAAAUUUUUAAAGAUUAUGAAAACUAAAAUUAUAACGAUUAAGUGUCUUUUUAAUAAUAAAUCAAAACAAGAAUUAAUCAAAAAGUAAAAACAGCUGUUUAUAAACAGUAAAGUUCUCAUUAACAUAGAAAUGAUAUUUUAAAACAUAUAGAGUACACUAUUUUAAUAUAACAAAAAUAUAGUUAUACCAAUACUUGGAUCAAUGAACGGAUAUACUGGUCAGCAAGAAUUGAUGUAAAAAAAAGAACCUGUGAAAUGUAAGGAGUGAAAAUAAGGAACUUGAUCUAUAGCAUUUGUCUCGAAAUUGGAAUUUUAUGAAAUAUGACGGCUGAAAUGUUGUAUGGGUGUCGUAAAAUUGACAAUAUGAUGCAAAUUAAAACUGUAGAACUUAAAAAAAGUAAAGUAAGUUCACUGUAUAUGCUGUAAUUUAUAGUAACUAACGUCAAAUAUACAAUAUUUAAUGUUUUUAAUUUAUAAUUAUAAGUUUAUUUUGAAUUAUUCCAAGUCGCGUUCUUUCCACGAGAGCUCGUACAAAUGGCAGCAUUAUUUUGUUUUAUUUUUUUAAUUUCUUUAAAUAACCAUGCAAAAGAAUAAAAAGUGCUUAUUACGCGCGUACCCCGAUAUAAAGUGAUAAAUUAUUUUUAAUGGACAAUCAUAGUCUGAAUGUUUUAGGCACUUAAUACCUACGCAUUUAUUUAAAGCAUUAGGAACUUAUAGAAUACCGCUUGGGUAUGCUUAGCAAGAGGAUUUUAGUACUUAAAUAUUAUGUCAAAAAAGUAGAUAUCUUAAAAAACUCAAGCGAAACAUUGUUAAUUCUUCAGAGAUAUCGAAUUUAUCUACUGUUACAAGUGUUAAAGUCAUAUAUUUCUACUUUAUAUCGAAACAUUCCCAUUCAUAGCUUCAAAAAUGCUCUGUGUGUACUACAUUUUUUUCUCAGUGUUAUAUUUACUGCAUUUGGCUAUUUAUUUUUAAUGUAUAAAAGUAUAAAUAAUAAAAAGUGCCCACUGCCUUGAAUGUACUGUUAUGAUUGCGCAUAAAGGACAUGUAAAGAGGUAUUUAUGAGGUAUUAAUUUACAUGCAAAA